AGAUGGGGACUGGAAGGGAGGGCUGCAUAACCACUGAUCGCGUGAGUGUGGAUAUCUGCUGUUUGCACUGGAUGACGUAGUUUCACUGGUGCGUGCUCUAGUUUCUCUGUGUGAGCGCACAUAUGUAUCCUAGAAGUCUGCGAGACCGUAAUGGUGCAUAUUGUGAAACCUUCAUAUCUUAUAAUGGCAUUGAUGUUGUGUUUGAAGGUGAGGGGCCUACCCAAGCGAAGGAUAGUUGGAUUGGCUCAAUGGACAUUUCCAUGGGCUGGGUGGGCGGGAAAGUGGCUGUUGAAGCAGGGAGUUGCUCAGAUUCUCUACAAAGGAAAUCACGACUCUUGAUCGAAAGGUCUGAUCAACAGUUAGUAGUAACCGACCGUCAGAUCCUUCUGGCACCUCAGUUACUGUUUCCGUGGGUGAAGGCUUUUGGAUGAUGUGAAACCCCAUUUAAAACUCUGGCUAUAAAAUGAAAUUUGUUGGAAGUGACCAGCUAAAAGAUGUUUUGCUUGCAGUUUUACCAGAGGUCAGACUUCAGCAAAUACUGGAGAAGCUUUGGAGUGAUUUCAAAAUAAGCGGUUCCCUUUUUGGAACAGAGGGUCUAUCCCAGCAUCAACAAUGACAACAAAUGUCAUCGUGCUGCUAGGAUGAAUGCUUUUAAUUAAUGUUUGCCAGAUUUAUCUGCCGUUUUAUAUGCCAGCUGUGUUCUAGAACUACUCUUUCAUAAACGAUGUGCUUCUACAUGUGCAGAAUAGUUCGUUUGCUAUUGGUUCAUCUAUUAUUAUUAUUGUUAUUAUUAGUCAAUUUAUUAGUUGCUUGCCCUAUAAAGGAGCCUCCAAGUGACUUACAAACAUUCUAAGGGCACAAAGCGCACCAUAAAAAGAACAAUACAUUACAUUAGAAAUCAUUUGAGAUCUCAUAAAACAGACCCAGUAAAACAAUAGCAAAGAAACAUAAACAGGAAAAACCAUCAAAAUAUUAAAAUCGUAACUUUGUCACAUCACAAAACGUAAAUGCAAAGACAUCUCAUCUCCCUAUGAACUUGAUGUUUUAAAUGAGGUGUUUUGGAAACCCUCCCCUUUCAAGUGCACCAAUUUGCUCCUUAAAUGAACCCAAGUUGUAGAGAAGCGAAGGGGUUCCCGCCACUCCCUGACCCUGCCUUUGCCCCUCCUGCAGAACCGGGUGUCAUGCAUGAUGUCAUUUUCCCCCAGCUUCUAGGGGGCGGCAUGAGAAGCUUGAAAUUGUCAGGUUUAAUCAAAAGCUUUAUUUUCAACCCCAUUUCAUGGUUUAUACUCAGCAGGGAACACUUUUCACUCUGUGAAUGUUCAGGAUGCUGGGUUUGGGGCGGAGGCAGGGGGAGGGGGGAGUGGAAGAGAGGCAGCUGCCUUUUCAGAUGGAAAAAGGCCCAUUGGGGAGCUUAAUGAGACAGAAGAAAAGAUCGGUAAAAAGGGGAAAACAUGACCUCUGUGGGUAGAUGAAAAACGAAUAGCUUGCUAAAGCAUUAUUUCCUUCGCCAGCCUCCAGGCCAGACCCUUUUUCUCUCCUUCCUCUUUGUCCCUUCUUUUCUUUCUGACACUUUCUUUUCGCAGCCUUGUCAAGUCUCCCGGCAUUUGGUGAGCAACACCCACCAUUUAAGGGCCUCGCCUGCUAGUUAUCCAUCAUUGCUGGUGACCUUUGAGAGGCUUCUCUUUGGACUGGACUCCCACCGUGCCACCAUGCCACUCAGGGGGCCUCUGCACUUCAAAAGGUGUUUUGGCCUAGACCGCUUCCCAAGCAGUAGUCCCCCACCCCAAACGCAAUUUGACAAGUCUCGCUCUCUUCUCAGUACUGUUACAAUAGUCCCAAAAUGUGGCUGAGGUGGAAUAAAAUUAAGGGGAUGCAAGCAAACUCCCCAGGGAGUAAGAGAACUACCGUGUUUCUCCGAAAAUAAGCCAUUCCCUGAAAAUAAGCCAUUCCCUGAAAAUAAGCCAUAGUGAUAGGCAAUUUAACCUUGUAGGUUAAACUGCACCAUACUUAAUAAUAAUAAAAAAGACAUCCCCUGAAAAUAAGCCACUGUGUUUUUUUUGAGGAAAAAUAAAUAUAAGAUGGUGUCUUAUUUUUGGAGAAGCACGGUAUUUGUUUUCAAUAAGUCUUGUGGAUUUUUAGCUGCCUUUUGCCUGUAACCUUAAGUACAUCGCUUGGAGAGAUUUGUGGUUAAGCAGUCUAUAUAAAUCUUUCUAAAUAAAUGGGAAGCCAACUUCCUUCUAUUUUUUAAAAUGCAACACAACUGAGAACCAGAUUCUCUUAGUACGCUAACAGCCAACAACCUUCUUAACCUCAAUGGGUUGCUUCUUCCCACACUUCUCUAGGAGGUCUCCUUGCUCCAAAUAUUAACUCUCAACUCAUCCAUGGCACAGGAACAUACAGUAGGAAGAUCAGCUGCCUUAUACUGUGAGGCAUAACAUUGGCCCAUCUAGCUCAGUACUGCGCAUAUUGAUUGGCAGAAGCUCUGCAGGGUUUCGCAUAGGAAUCUAUCCGAGCUCUACUUGGAGAUGUUGGGAAUAGAACCUAGAAUGUUUUACAUGCACAGCAUGUGCUUUUAUCUCUUGAGCGAAGGCCCUUCCCCAAUAAUACUUCUGUGUAUUCUUUCCCACAGCUUCAAGUUUCUUCUUUGUUUGAUAGGGUUAGAUCAGCUGGCAGAGGGACAGGUUGGUGAGUGGCAACCAGGGUGUGAACCUCUUUAUCUGGAGGAGGGUAGUCCUUGCUGUGAAAAGAAUGUGGAGAAACAUUUGUUUUAAUGGGUGUUUGGAACAGUGAGCCCGAAUUAAUGGGGUGUUAAACUUAUUCCCAACUGCUGAAGGUUUGUGACUUGUUUUAUUACUGCUUUUAGCUGCUGUGUUGCUGGAUAUUUUGCAUUUUUAGUUGUCAGCAGGGAGGGGCCUCAUCAUUUGGUCUUUUACGAGGCAUCCCGUUUGUGGGAUGGAAAGAUUUCAUGUGCUUUGGAUACUUUAAAUUGUCCUGUAAAUGCCGAAGUCUUGUGUGCAGAGAAAGAAACCAUUGCAGGGAGGAGACUUCGACGUGUGGAGUGGAAGAUGGGAGGGCGCCGCAGGUAGAUGAAAUUUACCACGAUGAAUCAUUGGGGGUCCACAUCAACAUUGUGCUGGUUAGAAUGAUCAUGGUGGGAUACAGACAGUCGAUCAGUUUAAUAGAGCGAGGGAACCCGUCUCGGAGCCUGGAGCAGGUCUGCCGCUGGGCCCAUUCUCAGCAGCGCUCGGACCCAGAACAUGCAGAAUACCACGACCAUGCUGUGUUCCUCACCAGGCAAGACUUUGGUCCCGCAGGUAUGCAAGGAUAUGCUCCUGUCACAGGCAUGUGUCACCCUCUGCGCAGUUGCACCCUCAAUCACGAAGAUGGGUUCUCGUCAGCAUUCGUGGUUGCUCAUGAGACUGGACAUGUGUUAGGUAUGGAACACGACGGCCAAGGUAACCGAUGUGCCGAUGAAACCAGCAUGGGAAGCAUUAUGGCGCCACUGGUGCAAGCUGCAUUCCACCGUUACCACUGGUCGCGAUGCAGCAAGCAAGAGCUGAACCGAUACAUACAUUCCUACGACUGCCUCUUGGACGACCCUUUCGAGCACAACUGGCCUAAGUUGCCAGAGCUGCCAGGAAUCAAUUACUCCAUGGAUGAGCAAUGCCGCUUUGACUUUGGUGUGGGCUACAAAACAUGCACAGCUUUCAGAACCUUCGACCCGUGCAAACAACUGUGGUGCAGCCAUCCUGACAACCCCUAUUUCUGUAAGACAAAGAAAGGACCUCCCUUAGAUGGAACUGAGUGUGCAUCAGGCAAGUGGUGUUUCAAGGGUCACUGCAUCUGGAAGACUUCGGAACAACCGUACAGCCAGGAUGGCAGCUGGAGUUCCUGGUCCAAAUUCGGUUCCUGCUCCAGGACUUGUGGGGGUGGGGUACGCUCCCGCAGCAGGAACUGCAACAACCCACCCCCAGCCUACGGAGGGCGCCAAUGCCCAGGUUCUACGUACGAGUACCAAGUCUGCAAUACAGAAGAGUGCCGUGGUCCCUAUGAGGAUUUCCGUGCCCAGCAAUGCUCAAAGAGGAACUCUUAUUACACCCACCAGAACUCCAAGCACACUUGGCUUCCCUAUGAACACCAUGAUGAUGCCCAGAAGUGUGAGCUGAUUUGCCAGUCAGAGGAAACUGGAGAUGUGGUAUUCAUGAAUCAAGUCGUUCAUGAUGGCACAAGAUGCAGCUAUAGAGACCCAUACAGUGUCUGUGUGAGGGGAGAGUGUGUGCACGUUGGGUGCGACAAAGAAAUCGGCUCCCUCAAGCAGGACGACAAGUGUGGUGUUUGUGGGGGUGACAAUUCCCACUGCCGGACGGUGAAGGGGACUUUGGUCAAAUCCCCAAAGCAGGCAGUGGGUGCUUUGAAAAUGUUUGAGAUUCCAGCCGGCGCCAGGCAUGUGCAGAUUGAAGAGAUGGAGCCAGCAACCCAUACAAUUGCUGUUAAGAACCAAGCCUCUGGCAACAUCGUCCUUAAUCCCAAGGGCAAAGAUGCCAAGAGCAGCACUUUCCUGGAGAUGGGCUUGGAAUGGGAGUACGCCAUUGAGAAUGGCAAGGAAAGCUUGAAAACCAGCGGGCCCCUGCAUGAAGCCAUCAGCGUCCUGGUCAUCCCGCAAGAAGAUGAAUCCAAGAGUAGCUUGAUGUACAAGUACAUCAUCCAUGAAGAUCUCCUUCCUGUAAUCGGAAACAACAAUGUCCUUCUGGAAGAAAUGGACACCUAUGAGUGGGCCCUUAAAAGCUGGUCUCAGUGUUCAAAAGCAUGUGGAGGAGGAAUACAGUAUACCAAGUAUGGUUGCCGGAGGAAGAGCGAUAACCGGAUGGUGCACCGGAACUUCUGCGAUAACGGGAAGAAACCGAAACCUAUCCGUAGGAGAUGCAACAUGCAGGAGUGCACCCAGCCUUUCUGGGGGGCAGAGGAGUGGGGACCCUGCAGCAAGUCCUGCGGCAAGCUGGGAGUCCAGGUCAGAGUGGUGCAGUGCACCCAGCACCUACACAAUGGCACAAACAGGACCGUGCACACAAAGUACUGCACAGGAGACAAGCCAGACGCACGCCGGCCCUGCAGCCGUGUCCCGUGCCCUGCCCAGUGGAGGACAGGUGCCUGGUCUCAGUGCUCUGUCAGCUGCGGAGAAGGCAUCCAGCAGCGCCAGGUGGUCUGCAAGUCCAACGACAACAACCUUGGCCAGUGCGAGAGCGAGAAGCCAGAGACCAUCCAGGUUUGCAAAAUGGCAGCAUGCCCAGGAAACCUACCAAGUGUCACAACAAACUCAGGCACCAGCGAUCAUGUGACUCCUAAGGUCCAAUGGGUGCCUCAGGAGAGCGCCAAAAAUCCUGUUACCAAGAUAUCAUCAAAGGAGCCGUGCCUUGGAGACAAGUCCAUAUUCUGCCAGAUGGAAGUCCUGGCUCGCUACUGCUCCAUCCCUGGCUAUAACAAGCUCUGCUGCGAAUCCUGCGGCAAAAAAGUCCCCACCAGCCAGCCUCCCGCUGUCGACCAAGGAGCUUCCGAGACUGGCACCCGCGGAGGCGCUGCCCUUCCCGGCCCUCUCCCACAACUGUCUCCCCACCCCACUGCCACGAGCCAACUGCGAAGGAUGAAGGGCACUUCUCCGAAAGAGACAGAGGCAUCCCGUGGCCUCCUGGCUACUCUCGCCGCCUCCACGGCCAUUGGCACCUGCCAGGUUAACGCUGCUUCACAGCCUCAGGGCAGCCCUGACAAUAGCACUGCGAAAGUGGGCACGCCAAUGCUACUACCUCCUCCUCUUCUUCCUCCUCCUCCUCUUCGGCAAGCUCCAGCUGGGAGGGACCCCGAGGAGCAUCGCAGCAGCUCGGUGUCCCAAUGGCUCCCUGCUGCCUUGGACAAGCCUUCAGUUGUUUCGCAGAAAGGAGGCCCAUCUCCUCCUCAAGAUGGAGGGGGGUGGAGAAAGGACAGCGUGGGGCCCAAACAGUCAGCUGCCACUCUCAGGACCUCCUCCCCUGUUGUGACAUGAAGUGGGGGUGGUGCUUUCUUUCCCCCCAGAAACCCCUCUCUUAUUUGUUUUUUUUUGGGGGGGGUUCAUUACGUCUCUCUACACCGUUUACAUGCACAGGAGCGGGGCGGCAAAGUCACCAUGUUGUUGUUUUAUCUGGGGCCCUUUCCCAAAACGGAAGGAGUAUGAAAAACCCAGUGAAGGAAACAAACUAAAACUGCCGAGGUUGGACACACAACACACACACACACACACAGUGCUUGCGUAGCCCAGGUUAGGUUGCCUCCGAGGGCACCUUGAAUCAGCAGGGCUUUUCUGUCAAGGUUGCUAACAAGAGGUUUCUCAAUCAAUAAGGCAAGCCAGCUGAAGGACCUUGUUUCCCCUCCUCAGUUUCCCCUCAUUGCUGCUGCUCUCCCAGCCAUCUGGAGGAGCCUUGAAAUGGUGCUGCAAGGGACAUGGUUUUAGUCCAAGUUACUGCGGACAGCGAGCCUGACGUGUCUCCAUAACAGCAGGCUAUGCAGACUGAAAUUGAUUGUGUCAGGAGAGAGGAGGAGACCUGGGGUGCUUCCAGGUGGAGGGCUUAAUACUGCAAACGGGUCUUACAGGUAGUGCAAAUGCGUUGUUGGUAACAGGUUAUUGUUGUUGUUUUCUACCUUGGCAAGGGCAGGUCAAGAUUAAAAGUGGCGGUGGGGAGAGAAAUGCAGGCUGGCUUUUUUGUUGUUGCUGAUGAUGGCGCCGUGUAGAUGCUGCUGAAACCUUGCAUGCCCGGGGAGCACCAAUCCCAGGAAAGUGUGUGUGGUUUGAACUAACGGUCUCCUGAGCCAGCAAGCCACCCGCCUCCUUGCAAUGCUGAGCUGGUGCGCUGAGAGCCCUGGGAUGGGAGUGUUGAACCACCACCACCCAGCUCAAUUGGAGUGUCUCUUGAACAGGGAAUGAGCAAUGAACACCUCAUCUUUAAAAACCAUUUUUAUGACCUUUUUGUUCACCAUGGCAGUGACACUUCUCAGUCAAAAGCAGGGAGAAUAUGAGAACGUAAGGAUUGCCUUGCUAACUGGGCCCAAUGUCCAUUUGUUCCAGCACUUUGCUUGCGCCAGUGGCCAGCUAGACGCCCACAAGCAAUUCAUGAUUGCUUUUCAGCCAUUCUUUGUCUGCCCCCAGCGAUCUGGUCGUCAGCGGAAUGCCGCCCUCGGAAUGAGUAGAUUUUCAGAACAAACCAGGGAACCAGAUACCCAAGUGUGUUACCAAA